GCGCCCGGCGCUCACGCCUCCCCCUCAGCCGGGCUGCGCGCGGCGGAGCAGCGGUAGCACCAUGGAGGCCGUUCCACAGCCCCAGCCCCGGCCCGGCGGGGCCGCCGCCGCCGCCGCCCCCCCGCUGCCGCUGCCACCGCCACCACCACCCCCGCCAGAGCAGGAGCGGAAGCUGGAGCAGGAGAAGCUGUCGGGGGUGGUGAAGAGCGUCCACCGGCGGCUGCGCAAGAAAUACCGGGAAGUGGGAGACUUUGAUAAGAUCUGGCGUGAGCACUGUGAGGAUGAAGAAACUCUGUGUGAAUAUGCUGUGGCAAUGAAGAACCUUGCAGAUAAUCACUGGGCAAAAACUUGUGAAGGGGAAGGCCGAAUUGAAUGGUGUUGCAGUGUAUGCCGAGAAUAUUUUCAGAAUGGUGGGAAAAGAAAAGCACUCGAGAAAGAUGAAAAAAGAGCACUUCUUGCUUCUAAGGCCACUCCAGCUUCAACUGUUCCCCAGGCUCCCAAGAUUGAAGAUCCCUUGCCAAAUGUUGGCUUGACAAAUCAUGAAGCUAUAACAGAAGAAUUGCUCCACUCCUUGGGGAAGAUCAGAUUACUUGAUGUUGGUAGCUGCUUUAAUCCAUUCCUGAAGUUUGAAGAAUUUCUGACAGUUGGCAUAGAUAUUGUUCCAGCUGUUGAGAGUGUAUACAAAUGUGACUUCUUAAAUCUCCAAAUUCAACAACCUCUCCAGCUGGCACAAGAUGCUAUAGAUGCCUUUCUUAAGCAACUGAAAAAUCCCAUUGAUUCUCUACCUGGAGAACUGUUCCAUGUUGUCGUUUUCUCGCUACUCCUUUCUUAUUUUCCAUCACCCUAUCAACGAUGGAUAUGCUGCAAGAAGGCACACGAACUUCUCGUAUUAAAUGGCUUAUUGCUUGUAAUAACUCCUGAUUCAUCUCAUCAGAAUCGCCGCGCUAUGAUGAUGAAAAGCUGGAAAAUUGCCAUAGAGUCCUUGGGUUUUAAGCGCUUCAAGUAUUCCAAGUUUUCUCACAUGCACCUGAUGGCAUUUAGGAAAACUUCCCUGCAAACAACAAGUGACUUAGUUAGCAGGAACUACCCAGGAAUGUUGUAUAUCCCACAGGAUUUCAACAGUAUAGAGGACGAGGAGUAUUCCAACGCUUCCUGUUAUGUUCGGUCAGAUACAGAAGAUGAACAGCUAGCUUACAGUUUUAUGGAACUACCUGAUGCUCCUUAUGACUCAGACUCUGGAGAAAGCCAGUCUAGUUCAAUUCCUUUCUAUGAGCUAGAAGAUCCUAUAUUGCUUCUAAGUUAAUGUAGUCGUUGAAAUGCCCUUUCAGUCAAACCUCUUGCUUAACUAAUUUUGCUAUACUAACAUGGGCUCAACACAAAAAUGGUUUGCAUAAAGAAAAUGCAAAGGUUUACAGAGUUUGCUAUUUUUUUCUACUUUUGAAUUUUAAAAUUUAUUCUUGUAUGAAAGUGAAAAAAUACAAGUUUUAUGCAAAUGACUCAUGUCAUAGCAUAAAUUGCUGUUACUUUCUUUAGAUUUGUAUCACUAAUUUUUUUCCAGAAAGGUACCAUUCUUUUCUUUAGUGCUGUGAAGUGUGAAUUCUAUUUAAUUUGCUAAAUGUUGUUUCAAUAUUUUAACUCAAUGUGGUUGAGCUUAAGGCACUGGAGUUAGUGGGCUUCUGAGAAGUAUAUGUAGGAAGAAAUAAUUUGCACUUUAAUUAAAUGUGCAGAUAGGUUAAGACACAUGGUUACACAUGUCCCUUCUUAAUUAUGGAACAAAGCUUUUUUUCCAAAAUUUGUUUCACUCUGGUUAAGCCUGGGCUGGAGGAACUAUAAUGCUUGCACAUUCGAUUUUAUGUUCAUUGCAGCCCUCUUGAGAUAACACCAAAACACUGGAAUAUAUUCAUCCCUUGCUAUACAUACGAUGUAAUUUCAUUGCAUAAAUGGUAGUUAGACAUGAGAUUUCUGAAGAGGUUAUCCCCCCCCAGAGAAGUGUGGUACGUCUAGACAAUUAUGUUUCACUUCAGAUCUGGAACAUGGUUUUGCAAUUUUGAGUGUACAAGCACUAACAUAUAUCAGUAUUUCCCCAGUUAUGGUGUUCUGUAUUCUCUUCAAACUCUGUUGUUUGGGGUUGUUUUGGGGGGAGAGGGUGGGGGGGGGGGGAAGGGGGGAGAAAUGGGGACGGACAGGGUAGAUUUUGUCAUGUUUUAAAGUAAAUUAUUUAUGCAUUUUAGAAACAAAAAAAUCUUCUUUAAUUGUCCUUAUUUGUAGACCUCCCAAGUUAUAUGGUAACUACAGGCCGAUUUUGUAAAAAGGAACAUAAUUAUACAAGUUUUUCAAGGAUACAUGUAUUUGCACAAAAGCAGUGUAUUCAGACCACCCAAGUGAAGUUAACAUACACUAUUUGUUUGCUUGUUUGGACCCAAACAUCUUUUGUUUAGUUAAAUAAAAACUCCAUAGCUCUCUGAAAACUGAUCUGCACUGUAAGGAGAUGGAACAGAAGUGAUUUACAUCUACUAAGUUUUUUUUAACUUGGGGAAUAAAUUGGUGAGGUUUUUGCCAGAAAAAAACCAAUAUGUUCACUGGUAAAAAUAGAGGAUUCAGUAUUAGUUUAGCUUAAAUUUCCCUCCAUUUAAAAAUAAUGGCCAGAAUUUUCAGAUUUGAAUGUUAGGCUGUUAAAUCUGUAAGUGCCUAAUAAUAAAUGAUUUGAACUAGGUGCCACAUCAUGGUUUUAAGACUGACUUCAGCAACAUGGUAGAAAAUACUAAUAUAUAGUUUCACAGGUGGUUGUGAUGAGAUAUACCUUACACCUUAUUAACCUACCCUGUCAUAUUUAUAAUACAGAAGUUACCAGAAAUUAAAUUUAUUCCUUACAUUGAAGUUUUGCACUGAAAAUGUCACAGUUUGACCUACCUGUUUUUCUUUUAUACCAUUUCCUACAAAGAGUCAUCCCACAUUGGUCCAGCUUACACUCAAACAUGAUCUGGACCGCAAUGCUUUAUUUAACAUAAGCUUUUUGUGUCUCAAAUUUAAAGCAUCCCCAAAUACCUGACUCAGAUUUGUUAUUCAAUCUGAAUGAUAUAGUCGUAUACAAACCAAACAAUUGUAUUCUGAUGUGUAAACAAAAAAUAAUAUUAGACAUACAAGCAUCAUGGUUGGUUUUAAUUUUUUUUUACAGAGAAUACUUAUCUAAUGAAAUACACAACGGUUUCAAAAUUGGCUGUAAGUCAGUAUAUGCAUCUAAUGCUUUACCACUUUCACUAAAAUGUUUGUUGUUCAAAGACUGACUUUUUCCCAGUUAACCACUGACUCCAGCAGUACUUACGUUAAAGCUAAAAUAUCGGUGCUAUAAAUUGUUUAUGGAAACUUAAUCUGUGUAUACUUCAAAGUGUACCUGACAUUUUAACUGAUACAACUUUUUUUUAAAAAGGAGUAUACCAGCUAACAGCUAUGUUAGCAUUGGUUCAUGUAAAUUGGUUUGAUUAAUGCAAAAAAGAAAUUCAGACCAAGAUUUAUCCCCCCAAAAAUAAUUUAAAAUUAACAUUUUAAAUUUAAGCCUUUUUGGCAGGUUGCUGACACCACUGUAUUUGUGGUUUAAGGACCUGAGAUUCAUAACAGCUUGAUUUUCUUGCUGCCUUUUUUUGAAAAAACAAAAAAAAAAAAAAAAAAUCAAGGGACAGUAGAUUGUAGUAUAGAAGGAAGAUGGGAUUUACACAAAUGCUUAUACUUCCCUGACCAAUUAAGUGGUGAUAUCAGGAGUUGCUGGUGCAAGAAAAAUUUCUAGAUUAUGAAAUAUUUGAAAAUUAUUAUAACUGUGCAAGAGACCUCUUGUUCUUAAGGUGCUGGAGAGGAAAAAAAAUGUGUAUUUGCAUUUCUGUUGUCUUUAUGUCACUACUUUUGUGAACAAAGCACAUUUAUUAAAAAAAAAAAAAAAAAAACU